AUGGCUACAGUUCUCUCGACGCCGUCGAGCCAGCGUCUGGCACUUCUGGUACUCCUCAUCUUCUCAUGCACGCGUGCAGCUGCUUCUUCCAAGUCGACACCCGACAACGUGGCGUCCGAAGCGGACCGACGGGGUUUCCAGUGGCUAAAUGAAGGCGUCACGCUGACGAAUAAAGUGCUUGAGUGGGACCAGCAGCAGAGCUUUUGUUUCUACGAAAACGCGUCGCUGCAUGUCCGAAUGGACCCCUUGAACAGCCCGCUGCAGCCGACGCUUAUUCAGACGCUGGGCCAGUCGCGUGAAGCCAACGUGCUGUUCGGAUGGACGAACGCCACGUUGUGGUACUUGCAACGCUCUGCUUGGCCGUUGCGUCCAGUGUUGUGGGCUUGGAGUGAGCUGCGGGUUCUGGUGCACAGCUCCAACGUUCACCAAUUGAGCUUUACAUUUGCACGCACACCAGGACUACUCUGUCGUAGCGUCAUAAAUGCCGGGCACAUGACUCCAGAGCUUGGGAACUAUGUGCCGCUGUAUGUGGUCGACGCAGUGGAGUCUUUUCUUUUUGUAGCAUCUAAACUCGUGUGCGAAAACUGUGUCGGCGGCUGCCCGCUUGAAUGUGAAGGAGUGCAAGAUGUCGAUGAUUCGUGCAUGCUGACGCUCAGUCCGUAUCACGCACCAUGCAUAACGGUCACAGGGCCUGCGAAGCCGUUCAUCUCGACGUCAUCGCCAGAGUUUGACUUUGAUUUCACGUUUCUUACGUAUUUGUCGUGGGUGUAUGCGCAAAACUUUUGCGUAGGCCUGCUGCUCUUUUAUCUAUCAGAGCGGCUUGCACGCUCUCGCACUUUCCACUACAUGCUGGGUGCAGUCAUGGGAGUCUUGUUAUCGGCGCUUCUAGCGCUCUAUCUUUUCCAGCGCCAGGCUCGAAAUACUACCAACAUGUUGCCAGGCGCGCAGCUCUUUUCCUCUCUGGCUGCCUUAGCGACUGUUGCUGUUCCAGUCACUGGCUUCGUGGUCAUGCCCAACCUGUAUCGACUCGGAUCUUGGGCCGUCUCCUACCUAGUGUACUUGUGGAAUCGCGAAGUACUGUUCGGUAUUCCGCAUCUGGGUAAGAUUUACUUCGCCUUUUUUGCUCUCUUCGGGUGUGUUCUUGUUUGGUGGUACCAGUGGGGAACGUCGGUCAAGCCACAUACGGAGCCGCAAGAAGAAGAAGAGAUUGAGGAGAUUGGCAAUUUGGACGAUGAGUUGCCACCACCGACGAAUUCGCAGCUGAUCAUGUCGCGCUCAUUAAAGGUGCUGGGCAUGACGUUGCUGUUCCACAGCACAUCGUCAACUGAGGCAUCCCUGUUGUUGGUCCUUCUCGUAUCGCUCACGCGUGCCUUCGAGAUCAUAGCAACCAUCGCGUACUUUUGGUAUCAUUUCGAGAAGCCCGGUCGUCACAGCGCCCUAAUCUCGAAGUCAGAGUACGAGAAGCAAGGACAGACCGAAACGGAUAAAGCAUUGGCGCAGUUGCAGAAGUACUUGAAAGAGAACCCGGACGAGAUGGAUAAGGUUCGAGAAGACAACGAAAUUCGUCUUCGGCGUUUUACCAGAGGCCGCAACCACCUGGAUGUGGCCACACGGGAGUCGAUGCUUUUGCGUCAGCGCAAUCAGAAUCGGUCUUUCUGGUCGUACUGCUCCAUCCAGUAG